AUGAGCGCAAGAAAAAUCAGGAACAACAGGAACGGCAGCACCAACACCAAGGACAGGCUAGUCCGUCACCCGGAUCCCAUGCCGGUGGCUGGUGCUCCCGAUUUCCACUCCCUCUUUCACCGGCCAAGCUUUAUCGAGGAUGCUCUCGCCGACCGGGUGCCUCACGGACUCCUUUACGGUAUCUGUGCCUUGUCUGCCAGAUUCUCGACCGACCACUCCUUCGCGGACAUUGACCCGCGGGACAGAGGUCGUGUAUAUCUGACAGCUGCUGAGAAGCUGACCAACCUUCGCGAUGUGUCGUUAACAACCAUCCAACUUUGUGUGCUGGUGGGAGCCGCGGCAACAGCCGAUGGGGAUGGGGAAACAGAAAACAUCUACUAUGGCGUAGCAUGUCGCAUGGCACAGCUGCUGGACCUCCCCAACCGACCAGCAACCAGCCUCUUGGAACGCGAGAUCAAUAUAAGGGUCUGGUGGUCACUCUGCAUGAUUGACGUGUGGUCAUCCACCGCAGUCAAGCUGCCCAAAUUGCUACCGGCGAGAUCCGACAUUCCCCUGCCGAUGGACGAUCUGCCGUUCCUAUCGAUGAGUCGCAGCGUUCCUGCAGCACCCUUGUCGAACCAGAGCUCGCAGCAUCUCUCGCAGAUGGUGAGGCUGAAUAGGAUCUUGCUCGACAUUAAUGACUUUAACCAGCGUUGCGUGGCCGAGAACCCUAACUGGGACUCUCUGGAGCAGGGCGUAGAGACCUUGAGCGCUCGUAUGGAAGCCUGGCUUGCAGAUCUCCCAGACAACAUGAGAGAUACACCCGAGAACUUUGCCUGGUUCGCGGCACGAGGUCUCGGCCGGACCUUUGCUGCGGUGUACUUGGGAUACUAUCACUUUGGGCAGCUCCUUUAUUACCAGUUUCUGUACGGUGCAGCUGCUACAACGGCCAUCAACCCUACGGCAUCCGCGUCCGUCGCGCGCCGAGACUCGUAUGCAAACAAAUGCAAAGACCACGCCGCCCGGCUGUGCGACAUGGUGUAUCGCGCUCAAACAACAGCCGGCGCUGACGUUAGAUAUACCAUGACGGCGCAUGUACUGGUCAUCGCGUCCACGGUCCAAAUCCACACCCUGUUGUUCAGCGGCAACGAGGCAGACAUAAGCGUGGCCCGCCAGCGUUUGGAGAGAAAUUUUGAGCUCAUUUUGCAACUGCGAUGCUACUGGCCAACGACGGACCACGCCAUCAGCCGCCUGAGAGCAUUCCACGAGACGGCGCGGACCAGCAUCGACACGAGCUUCGUCCUUGACCGUUGGAUGCUCCGAUUUCUGGUUGAGUUUGCGGGGCCAAUGGAGGAAAAGGACGUCGGAAGUAUCCGGCGCGGGGAUGGAGAUGAGAUGGAGUCACUGUGGACGAUGGAGGGGCUCCGAUGA